AUGGAUGAUACAAGUUUGAAUCCUGCCACACCCCCAAGGUCGAGAGGUGUGUCGAAAAUGUCAACCGAAAUGAUAUAUGAAGAUUCCUAUAUAGAGACUUCAAGUGAAGAUAUUUCGUUUUCAACUCCGAGGAAGCCAUCGCAGAUGGCAGCUCCAGUGACUCCUUCCACAACUAAACAAUUUAAGCAUGUACCUCUAUUGGCACCACCAUCAAUUACAAAAAAUUCGAAUAAAGGUUUAAAAUCUCCUGCAUAUACUCCUAACCGUCGUAGUUCAAUAACGACUAAGAGAUCUUUACCUUUGGUCGAGCUCCCUGAAGUGGAUUCAAAAACUUUAAGGUCUCACCAAUCGAAUAAUUUAAUAUUUAAUGAUCAUAAUAACGUUUUCCUAUCGAACAAUCGUAAAAACCUGUUCAAUAAACUAGCAGUAGAAGAGGAUGAACAGUUUGAAAGGGAAGUUAAAUCCAUGAAAACAGUACCUGGUACUCCAAGCCAUAAAAUAACGACUUUUGAAAUGGCUAGACAAUGGCAUGAUGAAAGAUAUUUAGAAGACCAAUCAGACGAUGACAACGAAAUACUUAUAUCUAAGAAUAGUUCAGUAAAUCCAUUCUUCUCGGAUUCUAUUCCAACUCAAGAAGAGUUAUACAGUAGGAAACAAACUCUCAUAUCAGAAAAUCCAGAUAUUGAAAACUCAAUUACAUAUUUAAACAAAAAGGGAGAAGUGAUAGAGAAGAGAAUGCUGACGCCUGAAGAAAAGGAUAGAUUUAAACCUAAAAGAUUAUUUGCUGAGGAAUUGGAUAAAUUAAGAGAUGAAGACAAAAAUUAA